CAGAGCCAGUGUUCAGUGGAAACACUCGCAGUUCACGAGUGUUUAACGAAGCGAAGCAACAGAAAAGAGAAGAAACUUUACUCGAAGUGAGACUUAGUAGCACUCACUUUGCAGGGUCCACAGGCCAUUUAUUGGUCAAUUUGGAUUACAAAUAUUCUCUGGAGAAGACAUUGUAUGCAGAAUGUUUUUGCAUGAAUGGAUAUAAUCGACUGUUACUGUUAAUUUUACGCCUGCCAGUAGUUCAUUCGUGAGCUCUUACAGUAUAUCAGUUUCCGGAUACCAGUGUCAGAAAAGACUCGCUGGAGAAACAAUCGUGGGAUUUUCCAUAAUUCCCUCAUUCACAUUUAUUUGCUGUUUUUGAAUAGAUUUGUCUAACAUUUCAGUAAUUUAUCAAGAAAGCGGUUGACAGACGAUGAAGUUAUGCAGGUAACCAGGGUGAGCUGCCUGCCGAGCGAGUGAAGUCGAACGCUGCGCUCGGGUUCAUCACGGUCACUUCCUGAUGAUGACAGUAAACAUGGAAGAGGGUUUUCCCACUGGUCCAGGACAACACCGAAACUCACAAGAUGAGGUCGAGGCACUCAACUCCAUCAUGAUGGACCUGGCUGCCCUGGGUCGUCGCUGUGUUCAGCUCAACAACAGCAAGCCCAAGAAUAAGUCUCUGCUCUUUAAACAGACUGCAGCCAUUCAGUGCACUACAUAGAAACCACAAGACAAAUAACUCCUCACCCAGAGAGAGAUAAAACAGCCAAGCCCCUCUAUUCCUCUCAGCACUGACCCACAAAAGCCAAGAAAGAAAUGUGUCAACCCAGCCUAGCAAGUAAGCAAUAGGGAAUUGUGAUCGCCUUGCAUUUCAUGUCUAUAAGCAUGCUAUAAAGUUGCUUGAUUUUUUUCAGCGGUGUCCUUAAGCUAGUAGCAUAAAGCGUAGCCUCGCACAUCCUGUCUGGACUGGCUCUCCAAUCCAGUGACCGAGUGGUUUCUUUCGCUCUGUAUCCCUGGGUUUCGCUGCUUUCUUGUUCUGUGCUGGCUGUGGAAUGAUGAUUGGGCUGCGCUUGACUAAAAAAGGACAAGCUGCGCUUACUGUGUUACGUAAACCUACGGAGGUGACAUGGGCGGUCCUGGUGUGAGUCCGCUUCCCUUAUUGCUGGGACACAGCCUUCGGUAAACCAACAAAACCUGAGCGCCCAGCCUCAGACAUGAUAUCAGUCUGCAUUACUUCCUGUCAUAAUGACCACAUGGAAUUUAUGUUUUUUUCACCGAUUGCCGUCAUAAAAAGCACUUCGGUAUUUUCAGCCCACAGAAAUCAGUAAUGUCCUUUUUUUUGGUCGCUACAUGACUAAUGAAGCCCAUGUUUUGAGUUGUCCUUACAGUAUAUGCAUUGUUUUGGUGUUACUGGUUUUAUGUGUAAUUUUUGAGCAUGAGUAUUGUAUUAAAUCCAUGUAAAUAAAAACAGUUCAUAUUUCACAGUUUUAUAUAGUACAGAUCACAUUGACAGUUCCCACUUUGCUCUAUUCAUUUUCUGAGAAUGUGUUUAUUCUUAUUUGAGAGAAACAGAAAGUCAACACUCCCCAGCUUUGAAAGGACUUGCGGGUGAAGCUGGAGCAUGAGAGGGAGAAACGAAUUCUGCCCUUCCAGAGGCCACUGAAGUUCAAAGAGCUCUUGCAGAAGGUGAUGGAUGCUUUCGGUCAACAAAUGGACUUGUUCUAUGUCGACAAAGAGCACCUUCUUCCGCUGAAGUGCCAGGAGGACCUGGAUAAGGCAGUCCAGAUCCUUGACUGCAGUCCUGCAGUCAACAGCCUGCUGAGAAUACUCCUCAAGAACCCCAAGAGCAGCCAGCAGUAUCUACAGGUCAAUGGCAGAGUUGAUAAACACAGUGAGAUGAGAUCAUCCAAGUCCUUGGGAGACCUGAAGGGCUCCCUGUUCAAAGGCUCAGAGAGGGUGCGCAAACACUCUACAGGCUCCCUGCACACUGGCCGUACCUCACCUCCUCCGGGCAGCGUCCCCGAGGAGCAGCAGCAGAUCGCACGGCAGGGCUCCUACACCAGCAUCCACAGCGAGGGGGAGUUCAUCCCUGAGACCCUGGAUCACACCAUGCUGGAACCCUUUGGAAGUGCGGAGGACUCUCUGUCCAGCAGCUGUCAAUCACUGAACCAGUCAUUGGACAGCCCUCCAUUCUCCCAGGCCAACAGGGACAACAAUUAUCUGAACCUCAACUAUGAAUACAACGGUCGACACAGUAAAGGCGGCACCUUCCCCAGACAGUUUCACUUGUCCAGCCGCAGCAAGGACUACAAUGAUGGUCGCAGGACGUUCCCUCGUAGCUUCAUGCCGCAGGAGAACCUGUUCCAGCUGGUGCCCUCCAGCCGUACGCGCAGCUACAAUGGGGACAGCACCCUACAGUACGGCGAGCUGUGUACCCUGGGCUGGACGCCUAACAAGAGCGCCAAACUCAACUCCCCUAAGUCCCCUCAGGCACCAGUGAACUGGAGGCUGGGAAAACUCUUAGGCCGGGGUGCAUUCGGGGAGGUCUACCUCUGCUAUGACGCUGACACUGGCCGGGAAUUGGCCGCCAAACAGGUGCCUUUUGACCCGGAAUGUAAGGAUACCAGCAAGGAAGUGAACGCUCUGGAGUGUGAGAUUCAGCUGCUGAAGAACUUGCGGCACGAGCGCAUCGUGCAGUACUACGGCUGCCUGCGGGACCCCGAGCUCAAGAAGCUCUCCAUCUUCGUGGAGUUCAUGGCAGGGGGCUCUAUAAAAGACCAGCUGAAGGCCUACGGAGCUCUUACAGAGAAGGUGACCCGGAGAUACACCCGACAGAUUUUACAGGGCGUGUUCUAUCUCCACAGCAACAUGAUCGUGCACAGAGACAUCAAAGGUGCUAAUAUCCUAAGAGAUUCCUCUGGGAAUGUCAAGCUGGGAGAUUUUGGUGCCAGCAAGCGCAUCCAGACCAUCUGCAUGUCUGGAACUGGGAUCAAGUCGGUCACUGGCACCCCCUACUGGAUGAGCCCAGAAGUGAUCAGUGGCGAGGGAUACGGACGGAAAGCUGAUGUCUGGAGCGUGGCCUGCACGGUAGUGGAGAUGCUGACGCAGAAGCCUCCGUGGGCGGAGUUCGAGGCCAUGGCUGCCAUCUUCAAGAUCGCCACGCAGCCCACCAAGCCGGCGCUGCCGGAGGGCGUGUCUGACUCGUGCCGGGACUUCCUGCGGCAGGUGUUCGUGGAGGAGAAACGGCGGCCCACCGCCGAGGGGCUGCUCAGCCACCCCUUUGUCCAGGGGGGCUUCUAGUCUCCCCUUCCCCCACCGUCGUGUUACCCCUCCCCUCAGCACCGCUCACCUCCCAAAUGACAGUCACCACUCUGCCUUCCAGAGUCACCUGACCCCGCCACCUUCGACAACGGUUCUCAACGGUACUCACCGACGAGAGCCCCGCCCUAAACCGCAACGCGGUCACACACGGGGCAGUGCUUCGGUGGUGCAACUGUCAGCAGUCCUACCUGGCUGAAACAGUGAACCCUGACUGGGACAUUUGUGUUUCCACUCAAAAAAAACAAACAAACAAAAAAAAAAUGACUGCCAACUGUUAUUCUGUGAAAAAAAACAGGAGGGCCAGGACUCCAGCCCUGCGUUGUUCUAGGAGCCAUCCGGAGAAGUGGGUCUCGUCUCACAUGAAUUAGAAAUGCUGUUCUCAAAUGAUCUGUAAAAUUCACCUAGUAUGAAUAGACAUUAAACACAGAUUCAGCAUUUUUUACAGCGCUUGUUAGAUCUGUAAACACCUACCCAAAAACACUUUUUUAUUCUCAGUCACCGCCACCUUGACUCACAAAAUAAAUGCCAUAUUAGGCUGAAUUAAUAGAUUGUUUGCUUCAGAGAAAUGCCAUUGAUUAUUAAUUAUUAAUGAUGGAGCAUUUUUGAAAUCCAGAGUCCAACUUUGCUUGGCCUGUCUUCAGGGAACGAGUCUGUGUAUUCUUCCUGUGACUGCAUUAUUCAGAACACUCCCCCCAAGUUGGAAAGGCUUAUAUAAACAUAUGCUUAUCGUAUAAACAUUUAAUUAUCCCACCCCUAACAUGCAGACAAUUAUCUUGCACUUUUUUGUCAUGAUCAUGGAAAGUAAAUAGCUUGGAUUAAAAAUGUAAAAAUUAGAGUAUUAUUUUUUGAUAAUUAAAAAAACAUUUUUAUAAUUUUAUAAUGUAAAAUUCCAAAUUGGUUUGUUGUGUUUACAGAAAGAAAAGGCAAACCUCUUUCAUUGUUUUAAUAGGUUGGAUGGUGUAUACAUUUAAAGAAGCAAUACUCCACUGAGAAUCAGUAGAUGUAUGUGAAUUAGGUUUAAGUCUUGUUCAGUCAGAUCAAAGUGUGUACUCUCCAGUUUCAUAGAUAUGAAUAGACCAAAGAUUGUAAAUAAAUCCUAUUUUAAGGGUAUGGAAGUCAGUAGGUUUUACCUUGUGAGUGAUGAUGCUCAUUACAGUACACGGCAAUGCUGUUCUUUGGUUUCUCCUAAAUUAUAAAAGAAACAUGGAAGGAUAGCUGGACAGAACCACCUUUCUGUGCUUAAUGUGCUUAACAAGUAUGUUGUCUAGUUGUACAAAGCUAUCCUGAUCUGCCAAACUGUUUUAGCCCAAAGCUGUGUUUCUACAGAUACACCUUAGCUGUUUGUACCAGUCUAAUACAACUGAAUAUGGUACUGCAGUGCUACUGACCUCGGAAAAUCUUUAAAACAUAUUUUUUCAUACUGCAUAGAUCCACAUAAUAUCAUAUUUAUUUGUGAAUACAAGAGUGAUGUUUGCUCAUUAUCUUAUAAUGGAGGAUGGUAUCGUGAUGGUUAUGCUUUUUGCUACUACUCUUUGGUGAGAUCCCGUAAAAUAGCAUGGCAAAUGAUGCAGUUAUGUUCAAAUUCUACAUGCAGCUUGUGAGGGAAAAUAUGGACUGUCCCUUGGCAACUAUAGAAAGCAGAUCAUAACAAAGACUGCCAUCUUGCUACAAGUACUUAUGUAGAUAAUGUCUGGCUGUGGUGUGUUAUAUAGAAUAAACAUUUGUGCUUUUCCUUGACUACCUUGACGCCAACUCACUGUAAUAUCUGGAGUUGGCCAACACUCUCAUCACCCUGGGUCAGUUUGCUGUGGAAUGCCUCCAGCUUGAAUCUGGUACAGCAGAAUUACAAGUGAGGUGGAUCAGUGGGAAAUGCAGCUAUGGGCUUCUGAUGCAGCUAAUACAGCCAAUGCUCCACUUGGAUAGUCAAAAUAAUCAGAAAUUUAAAGCGAAUGUAUUCGUCCUUUUCCAUCAACACUGAAGGUACGCUAAUGAGCGCAUUCACACAUUAAGAGGGAGUCAAGUAGUUAGGAAACACAGUGUUUCAGAGAUGCUGAUGGGAUGCACAAAGCUAGUGCUCGAAUGUAAUUGUGUCCCAAUACCCUCUAACUGCAGUCUUCACCGUCCAUCAGCAUAUUUGUAAAAUGUGUCUGUUUUCCUGUGCUGAUCUCAUCCCUGAGGUGUUACCGAGGUUUCAGAAUUGAGCCUCUAAGAUGUCCACUGUGCCAUGCUGUGUUUUAAGACUCUGACAUUGUGGUCUCAUAAGUAAAUCUUUCAUAUGCACUUGACUUCUUGUAGUGGAUAAUGCUAUUAAUGGCAUUGCGGGCAAGUGCCAUUUUGCAACCAAACACUGUUCAACAGUUACUUUUCAAGAGUUUGAUGAACAAAUAUGUGACACCAUCAGGGCUUUUAAAGCAUUGAAGCUGAAUAAAUCAGUGUUGUUUUUGAGCUGUUAAGAGGAGCCACUACGUUCUAUGUAGACUUUCCACAAAAUGUUUUGAAUGAUGAAAAAGUCUGUGUUGUAAUACGCAAUCAGUGCCUUCUCCAAUUACGCUUUUCAGGGAAGAAUCGGUUCGCUGAAUUAGUUCAUAAGAAUUAGUUCACUGUUGAAAAGCAUUUAUUGUUGGAGCCUCCAUUCCGUUCUGUAAAUACGGAGCUUGGAUCUGUACAGUGUAGUGGUUAGGUUUGCUUAGCCAAAGUACUUUUCAUGAAAACGAUUGUAUAAAAAAUACAUAUUAUACUGCACUUUUGAGAAUUAGACAUUUUAUAUAAAAAUAUAGUGUGAUCUGAACUGGGUCAUCUUAACUGAAAAAACUGCGUUUUGAAAUGACUAUGUAAUAGGCUUCGACUGAGGCUUAGAAUGGUGUUCAUUGGCCUUUAUGACAAAGCCUACCAACAUGUAUCCUGUAAUUGAUUCUUGUACAUGUAAGAGCAUAAAUUAAAUGUUUUUUAAGACCAGA